AUGCAGCGCUGUUUCGUUCCAGCGGUCUGCCUCAGUUUGUGCGCACGCUCGUUUGCCCCUCAAUUCAUUUCUGAAAAUCUAGGAGCAGCCGCCGACUCGAUCGCAGUUGAGGCUUCCGCUGAGUUCGCGUCUGCUGCGGAGAAGGCAGGAACGCCUGAAGUCGUGCAGCCUCGCGCAAAGAAAAUCCAAAAAAUAAUUUGGGACUUCCAAAAGCUCUUCAUCUCCUACGUUAUUCUCGCCGCAUUCGUAGGAGACAACCCAGCUGUUGUCUUCAACGUUGAAGCCGCCACAAGAGAACAGGAAUCAGCAGCAAACGUAUCGGGAAAAAACGAUGGGGAAGCGAAUGGCCCUUCUGCGCGCGUCGUUGCGUGGCCUUUUGGGGCGCCUGAGGUGUUUAGAAAAAACAUUGAACUUCAGAAACUCGGCAGCGACAAAAAUGAUGAAAAGCUACACAAUUCGUUGUCUCCAGAGCCAUCAGAGGCUCCUUUCACUCCUAUGGCAUCCUCCCUUCCGGAUUUCGCGGUUCAGCCCCUACAUAAUGACAUUGUUGCAGUGGUCUGGGGGACCCCUUCUUUUUGGGAUGCGCUUUCUAUUGAUACAGUUGGCUCUCUGCUUUUCGCAUUUCUCCAGAGCAGGGACAGACAGGACACAAAUGAAUCCUUGUCGCUCCAUGAGGAAGCCUCGGAGUUUCUGCUACGGAAAGCCAUAGUACAGGCUGUCACCAAAAACGAGGAAGCUGUCGGAGAGCUUCUAUACCAUCCUGCCGCUCUUCGCGCCGCUGGCCUUCCUCACUGGAAAGACAGUCGUCUAGAGAUAAAAAGACGAGCUGCCCUAGGAAACAGGAAAGCCGAACUGGAGCUAAUGAAGUGUGUUGUGGCCGCUCAAGAAGGCCAUUUAAACAAAAACGCUCUCGCAUUUGCUUUAUCUCGUCAGCCGUUUUUUGAAUCGGGUGAAGGGAAGCAGAACCAGAACCCCAAAACGGUGACAGCACCUGCCCACCCUGAAUCCCUACAGGGUUCCACCGAAUUCCUGUUUGCCUUUCCUGUCGAUACGUUUACCAUCAACUGUCGAUGCAGCUUGGAUCCUAAUGAGUCUCUCCGCAACAAGGCGGCUGAAUAG